AUGUUCACGGUGAAUCCAGCAUUAGUGAAUGAGAAUUGUUCAACAAAGAAUGAACAAACCGACUUGAAACCUCUUUUGGGAGAUGAUAAUAAAAAUUCAAAAACAAUCCGUUGCCGGCACUGUCAAAGCCUGGUAUUCGAAACGAGAAAAGCAGUGGUGCUCAAAGGUGAACCUCAUGAACUGCGCGAAAUGAGCGUUGGAGGUUCGAAAGGUAAAUUCAAAGAGAAAGUGGAUCUGUGGUGGUUCACGGACAAUGAGUUUCUGUUCGAUACGGUUGGAUGGCAAACAGUGGACGGAUUGAAGAGUUUGAUGUGUGGUGAUUGUGAGUUCGGACCUUUCGGGUGGCGUACGAGCGAUAACAAAAAGUUUUACGUGGCUGUUGAACGAAUGCUGUACAAAUGA